AUGGGAGGGCUACACAAUCGGUUGUUGCUGCUGCAAGCCAGGCAACGGCUUAACACUGGGAAUUUUCUGUCACGGCAAUUGGUGCGCAGUCUCUAUCCCGCAACGAUUAAACGACCACAUGACCCAUCACCGUCUGAAAUGCUUCGAUUCGCUUUAAGAGAUUCCACUGAGCCAAUUUAUGACUCGAAUGUUAACGAGGUCUUAUCUGAAUACCUUCGUGGGAUUUUUAUCACCGAAUGGAAGUUGAAUACUCCGCCUUCCCCGUUGUGGACCUCCCUCAAAGGGCCUACAUCGCGGAACCAAGAGUUGUUGUGGAAUUCCAAUAGCGACAUCGCCGAUGUCUCUUCCUUGCGGAGUCUAAUUGAGAGAUAUGUCAACGACAGACAUGGAGCAGAGAUUUUGCAGACGAAUAAUUGUUUACCAUUACAUCACGCUUUGCGACGCUGCCAACGUAACAACACAUUGGCAGAAAUCCUCUCGGUGCUACGUGACUUGUUUGCAAGGCUGAAGCGUCUCCAGCUUCCCAUCCGGCCUGGAAUGUACACUAUAGCGUUAUACUUCGCAUCUCUUGAUCUUUCGCCUUCUGAUCUCAGGUAUUUCUUGGAUGGCCAACACCACAUGGGCGCUCCAGCUCUAAGUCCCAAGGAAAGUCUGCGGAUAGUCCGAUAUUGCUCUGAAGCACUUGACUGCAAAGUUUUUGAAGACCCAUACUAUGACCCCAAUCCCAUUCUUGCCGAGAUUACAGGCGAAGGAGAAUCUGUGACCGAAAGUCGCAAUUUGCAUGAUACCUUAUUCUGGACGCAAUCUACUGAUCAAAUCGGCAACCGAUUCAAUUAUGAGACCAAAGCCCAGGAUUAUAUCUGUUUACUUACUAGGCUUGGUAAUGAUGAAGUGCUUCACAGAUGCUGGUCUCAUUUCUUGAAGAACAUUCAACCUAAGAACUAUCAAAGCUGCAUCGCUGCCUAUCAGGUAGUGUUGGCUCUGGUCCAAAAUAUUCAGUCCGAAACAGCGGUGAAAUGGUUGGAAGAUAUCUCUCAACAUUGUGGUGAUAACCUGCCAUUCAUUGCGAAAUUCCCGGACAUUCGAUUCCUCCUUAAUGACCUUAUUAUAGGCGAGGCACUACCUGACCUAGUGAGGGGAGAGGACUACCUCGAACUACUUAAGUUUUGUCUUGAGGACAUGGAUCGAAGGAUGGGUGUUCAAUGGAGCCCUGAGAGUCAAAGUCAUUUCAGUACGGCCUUGGACCCAAUCUACGGAGCAUUUGGUGAUCAGCCUUUACCCAAGACUGAUAACAAAUAUGCUGGCUAUGAUCAUGGCGGGCAAUUGUAUGCAGAGCUUCGCGUUCAUGGCUGCUCCAAGUCUCCGGUUGCACUGGCCAGGGUCGUAGAUCUGUUGAAUGACCACGAUGGACAGUCGCAGAAUAUCAUCACUCAUCUUGAUUACAAUGCGGCACGGCUUAAUGAAUUUCGGUCCAAAUUUAAAUCUCUGGAACUCCGAUGGGUACCAGAACACUCACCGAUUGAAUUCUCUAACUCCCGGAUUCCGGCGAUACGUGAUUUCUCUGGGCCUAUGACCCCAUCUACCCUAGGCCUUAUUCGGGCUCGUUUGAUCAUUCAUGCAGUUCCUCAAAUGGGGAUCGACAAUUUACAUUUGAUGCAACUCGGCUGCAUGGAUAUGCGGCAUGGUCCAGACCAACCAUGGCAGCCAUCUGGAUAUAUCGUGGUUUGGGAUCGUCAUCACAGGGAACUCCUCGGGCUGUAUGUUGGGCAGAACACUGGUGUCAUUAGCUGUGGAGCACCUUCGGAUGGCCCUCUUGGUGCCUUGAUGCAUCUAUCGCUCUCAACCAAUCCUGACGAGCGAACAUUUUAUCCUAGGGGCACGCGCACUCAUUCUCGGAACUGCUGGGGUCCUUACUAUCUGGAUGUAGAUCCAAGUGCAGAUCUAGAGUAUUGA